AUGUACCGAUUAUUAUGGGCUUCUCGGGCCUGUGCGCCUGUAUUUCGUUCUACUAGAGGUAGAAUCGCGCAAGUCCCCGUACGAUGUUUUGUGAGGAGUUUUGUGUCAAACGGCGCUUCUCCUGCUCGAUCAGGCCUAAAAUUUGCAGUUACGACAUUGACUCUCAUUUCUGGGGGCAUUGUGGGGUGCUACAUUUAUCUGGACAAAUCAUCGAAAUUUCGGCUAUUAGAAUAUGCGAGAACCCAUCGGAACGAAACGCUGAAAGGAUCCAACUGGAGAGACUGUUUUGCCGUCGCCCUGGUGGAUUUGUACCGCAACGACAGCGGAGCUCGCGUGAUUGAGCGUAUGCACUGCGGUCGAUUCCUCGGAAAGUGGGUAGCGGACGAUGAGAUAUGUACGUCCGAAAUUAUGACCGUUCUGCUGCUCCUCAGCAACGCAGACGGGAUUUGUCUGAUCGACGCGAUCACGACCGGAGGGAUCGCAGUCCUCAAAAAACUCUACGAGUUCAAUCGAAGCGACUGCGAAUCCGCCAUUAUUCAAAUGAUCAAAUAUAAGAUAUCCUGCACACACAUACACACAUAA